AAAAGAGGAGGUUUCUGGAAGCAAAUUUUUUUAAAAAAACAAAAACCUCAAAACUCCAUCUCUUCUCACUACUAAAAAGUAGAAACCUCUUCAUCUUUCAAACAACACGUUUAACUCCUCUUUCUCUCUCCUCUGUAAAAAUGGUGGUGAUAGAAUCAGCAACCGAAGAAGAAACAGAGAUUAACCACAAAAAACUCGAAUCAAUCUCCACCAAUAACACUACCAACAUUGCUGAAACCGAAACGAGUUCGUUCAUCAACAAAGACGUUUCGGAAGGUUUCGAAACGGCUAGCGAAGGCGAUCAUUUCUCCGACAGAAGUGCCGAUUUUGGCGCUGACGACGAAGAUGAACAACAACAACAAUACGGAGGUGAAAAUGGAGAACAAUCUGUGCCAUUGACGGCUACUAAGGAUGAUUCUUAUGAAGAUGCUCUUGAUGAUGAACAAUUGAAGCAGAGGGCGCUAGCUCAAGCUAAUGAUGCUAAAGUAGAAGGGAAUACAUUAUUUAAAAAUGCUGAGUAUGAGGAUGCACUGUCAAAGUAUGAGUUUGCUCUACAAGUAGCAGCAGAAAUGCCAGAAUCUAUGGAGCUACGUUCCAUAUGCCAUUCAAACCGUGCAGUAUGCUACUUGAAACAGGGGAAGUAUGAUGAGACAGCCAAGGAAUGUUCAAAAGCUUUAGAACUGAAUCCAUCAUAUGUUAAAGCUCUUCUCAGAAGAGGGGAGGCUUAUGAAAAGCUUGAACGAUAUGAAGAAGCUAUCUCCGACAUGAAAAAGAUAUUAGAAGUGGAACCUUCAAAUGAUCAGGCUAGGAGAAAUAUUGUUCGAAUGGAGCCGUUAGCUCGAGAAAAGGCGGAGAAGAUGAAGGAAGAAAUGAUUGGUAAGCUCAAGGAGGUGGGAAACAAUAUACUUGGUCGCUUUGGAAUGAGUGUUGACAACUUUAAAGCCGUAAAGGAUCCUAACACUGGCUCUUACUCUAUUUCAUUUCAAAAAUGAUGUACUUUAUGGAUUUCUACGAUCGUUAAAUCACAAGCAGCUUUGGAACCUAGGAUUAAAACUUCCAUUUUCUCAUAAUGUUGGAAGAUGUCAUAUUGUUGCUGCUGGUGCCCCGACAACUAAGAGGAAAGGAACUAAUUUUGCAACUCAAUCCCCUUUAAGUUGGACUGCAAAUUGGUUGUGUUGUGACUUUUUUUAUCAGAAACCAAUUGCUUAGCCCAGAUCAGUCUGCCUCACAAGUAUUAUCAUAUUAUGUGUGAAUUCGAUGAGUAUAUAUUCCAGUUGGGAGUUGUAUUGAUAAUUGUUUUUAGCCUUUGUGCCACAGACUGCAAGAUGGCUCCAAUUGUUGCCAUUGAGCUAGAUGCACCGCAAAAUACAGGAUCCAAAAGUUUAUUGAGAUAUAUACAUGAGUUUUGUUGUUUU